UGUCAGUCAAGUUAUGACGUCAUGCGGGCACUGCGUUUGAGGAAGCGCGAGAAAACUGCAUCAAAUACAGAAACCGGACUUUAUCAAACAGUUCGAUAAGCGUCGCCUUAAUGUGUCUGCAUGUAAACGUUACGCGUCCCAACGUCCCAAACCGAAAGUGAAGGAAGUGACUCCCACAACCCGUAUCCUGCCACACGAUGCAGUUUCGCUUUUAUCUGUGCGCUCUCAUCGUCUAUAGUGGGUUAACCCUUUCCAUGCCAACCAGAAGUGGAACGGGGCCAGAGUCCCGCAACAAUACGCCGCCUUUGCUUCUAGUGUCAUUUGAUGGUUUUCGGGCAGACUAUCUGAAAAAGUACUCAUUACCCAAUCUUGAAAAGUUCUUCUCCGAUGGCGUCCUUGUACGCGAGCUAACCAAUGUCUUUACGACGAAAACCUUCCCGAAUCAUUACAGUCUCGUCACGGGACUGUACGCGGAGAGCCAUGGGAUACUUGCCAGUAUGAUGUACGACCCCGUGGCGAAAAAGCAUUUCUCUGUUCAAAAUGGCAGCGAUCCUUUCUGGUGGGACAAAGCCACACCGAUUUGGGUCUCUGUAGAGGAGUCAGGUUACAAAGCAGCGUCCGCUAUGUGGCCAGGAACAAAUGUGGAUAUUCAAAACCACACAUUAAAAUACAAAUUUGAAUAUGACUCAAGGGUGACCUUCCAAGAGAGGCUGGGGAACUUGACGAAGUGGAUGACCGAGGACAAAUCGAUUAAGUUUGCCUCUCUAUACUGGGAAGAACCUGACCGGACAGGCCAUCUUUAUGGCCCUGAUAACACAACAGAGAUGGCUCGGGUUCUGAAGGAAGUGGACAGUCUUGUAGGUUUACUGAUGGAGCAGCUCAACAAAACGGGAUUAUGGGGGAAAAUAAACAUUAUCAUUACUAGUGAUCAUGGUAUGACUCAGUGUUCACAAGAGAGACUCAUUAAACUGGACGACUGCAUCAGUCCCAGCAGCUAUACAAUAGUGGACCUCACUCCUGUGGGCGCCAUAAUUCCACUGGCAGAUUGUUUGACUGUGUACAAAAACCUGUCCAGCUGUCACAAUCACAUGAAGGUUUACCUGAAGGACACUGUUCCUGAUAGGCUGCACUAUAAAAACAACGAACGAAUUCAGCCAAUCAUCUUGGUAGCGGAUGAAGGCUGGACAAUCGUCAGAAAUGGUGGACUCCCACGAUUGGGUGAUCAUGGCUAUGACAAUACCCUUCCAAACAUGCACCCUUUCCUGGCCGCCCACGGGCCUGCCUUCCGCAAAGGCUAUAAGAUGUCGAGCAUCAACAGUGUGGAUCUGUAUCCUCUCAUGUGCCACCUCAUCGGCAUUCCUCCGAUGCCAAACAACGGCAGCUUCGCUCACGUGCGCUGUGCGUUAGUUAACGAGCAGUGUGGCGAACUGGCGCUAGCGGCAGGCAGUGAUGGAGAGAGUAUCGGAAAUUGUCCUUUCUCUCAAAGGCUGUUUAUGAUUCUGUGGCUGAAGGGAGUCGUAUUCAACGUCACCACUGUUGAUCUGAAAAGAAAACCAGCUGAUCUUCAUAAUCUUGCCCCAGGAACACCCCCACCUUUCCUAACCUUCAAUGGAGAAGUGCGGACAGAUGUCAACAAAAUCGAAGAAUUCUUGGAAGAGAUGCUAGCGCCUCUAAAGUAUCCAAAAUUGGCAGCAAAGAACAAGGAGUCGAAUACAGCAGGAAAUGACAUCUUUGCGAAAUUCUCGGCCUACAUCAAAAACACAAAGCCAGAAGCCAACGCAAGUCUGGAGACGGGGCUACUGAAGGCUCUGAAGAAACUAGACAGCUUCCUGAACUCCCCUCUGCCGGACGAGAUUGAUGCAGAUAGUACAGGGGAGGAGACAUGCUCCAACCGCAAGUACUUGGACGGCAAUGAAUUAACGCUUGCAGACUGCAACCUACUCCCUAAACUACAUGUAGUGAAGGUAGUUUCAAAGAAAUACCGUAACUUUGAAAUACCAUCAGACUUGAGUGGAGUUUGGAGAUACCUGCAGAAUGCAUACGCCCGUGAUGAAUUCACCAACACAUGUGCGGCAGACAGAGAGAUUGAACUGGCCUAUCAGGACGUGGCCAAGCGACUUGGCAAAUGAAACAUGUAAAUAUUUUACAGUGACUCUAAAACUCUAAUGCAAAACUGCCGAAAAGGAUGACCUUUCUCUUUAUAAAAGAUUGUCUUGGUAAGGGAAAUUUCUUCAGUAUUUCCAAGUAUUAACUCUGAGCAGUUCUGAGUAGAAUUUGCCUCCAGGACACUAUAUUGGAUUAGUCCUUUAACGCUCAUUUUAAACUGUUGCCUGCUCCCAUGAUGCUUGUGUGUUCUUACAUACUAUUGUAAAUUUUCCUUGAAUUGCAACAUUGAUGAAAUACAUUUUCUGGAUGUAAAUGUUAAAAGAAAGGAUUUAGGACUAACCUCUUCAUUAUAUACUAAACCUACAUAUAGGAAUACAUUUUUACAUGCAGAUAGUUUUCAUCCCAUCUCUUUAAAGAAAAUCCUACCGAUCAGUCAGUUAACUAGACUGAAGAGAAUCUGUGAGGACAGAGAAAGAAAAAAGAGCAUGUUAUCUAAAUUUAAUGAACGAAAUUAUAGGGAACAUUGGUUAAAAAAUGCAUUAAAAAAAAAACAGAAAUGUAUUUGGCCCCUAAAAAACAUCUAGGCCCAACCCAGACAUUAUUUUUUGUACUACUUAUACUCCAAAAACUAUUAAUAUUAGAAAUGUGAUACAAAAACACUGGUAUGUCCUUCAAAGUGAUUCGACUUUCAAAAUAUACCACUGGUUACCUAUAAAAGGGCCAAAAACAUAACAAAUAGAGUUGCAAAAGCCUGUCCAUCAAAAGAAACUUCAUUUAAAACUCUUACAGGUCAAAUUCCAACAGGUAACUUUAAAUGUGGCAAUUGCACUAAGUGUCAAUUUACCAAAAAUGUAACAUUUUUCAAUCAUCCUAUAAAUGAUAAUUGUAUAGACAUAAAAAGUUUUAUAACAAGCAAAACUAGAAAUGUGAUCUACAUUAUUCAUUGUCCAUGUAAAAAGCUUUAUGUUGGAGAAACAUCUCGCCCUUUAAAGGCGCGAAUGACAGAACAUAGAAGCGCAAUAAAAAUGAAUGAUAAAAACAGUCCCAUUGCAAGGCACUUAAAUUAAUCCAACCGUCCAUUGUCAUCCUUUUUCUUCUUAGGUAUUGAACAUAUAAAACCUUGUAGGAGAGAUUAUAUUGAUCUUAUGAGGAAAAAGAGAGAAGCAUUUGGGGUUUUUUACUUUAAAAGUGUAUUUCCAAGGGGAAUGAAUGAGGAUUUUUCUUUGAAGGAAUUUUUGCAAUAAUUUUUGUAAUCAUGAACAAACUUAUGUCGUUGAUUUUUUAUGUUUGUUGAAUAAAUUGUGUCUGGAUUUAUAUAAAAACAUUUUAUAUAUAUAUAUUUUUAAUAUUGUCAUUUGUGAUGUGUGCUAGUGAACUGUGGUCUGUUUGAAACACCAUUCUGUGAUAAGUUGAGUGUCUGACUGAUUGAAUGAUUGAGGUAAUGCACGUCUCUAAUGAACCUAAAAAUUAUUCAAUGGGAUUCAAUUCCAGAGCCCAAUAUGAUUGGUUGUUCAAGUGUUUUAAAUGUGCAUGUCUUGUAUUUGUAUCUUAACCCUAAUGUAGGCUUAUGUGCUGAAACGUGUUGGUUUGUGUAAUUCAUUUUUAGUCAAAUAAAAAGUAUC